GGCAGCACGUGACCGCGUCUCGACCAAUCGGCGCGCGCUCGGGACCGGGCAGCAGCAGCAGCAGCGGCGAGUGGCGGCGCGGGGUGGCCGAGCAGGCGACAUGAACCUGCGCGGGCUCUUCCAGGACUUCAACCCCAGCAAGUUCCUGGUGUACUGCUGCCUGCUGCUCUUCUCCGUGCUCCUUGCUUUGCGGCUUGAUAAUGUCAUCGAGUGGAGCUACUGGGCCGUGUUCAUCCCGUUGUGGCUGUGGAAGCUGCUCGUGCUUGCCGGGGCCACCAGUGGCCUGGUCGUAUGGGUUCGCAACCCCCAGUACAGGACGGAGGGCGAGGCGUUUGUGGAGUUCAAGGCGAUGCUGAUCACCGUAGGGCUACACCUGCUGCUGCUCAUGUUCCAGGUGCUCGUGUGUGACCGCAUCGAGUCACACGGCUACCUCUGGCUGCUUGUCUUCAUGCCGCUCUUCUUCAUCUCGCCUGUCUCCGUCGCCGCGUGCAUCUGGGGCUUCCGCCAUGACCGCUCGCUCGAGCUGGAGACGUUGUGCUCAGUCAACAUCCUGCAGUUCAUCUUCAUCGCCCUGCGACUGGACAGCAUCAUAUCGUGGCCCUGGAUGGUGGUUUGCGUGCCUCUGUGGAUCCUCAUGUCAUUCCUGUGCCUCGUGGUGCUCUACUACAUCGUGUGGUCCCUUCUCUUCUUACGCUCGCUCGAGGUCAUGGCUGAGCAGCGCCGCAGCCACGUCACCAUGGCCGUCACGUGGAUGACCAUUGUGGUGCCGCUCCUUGCAUUUGAGGUGCUGUUGGUGCACAAGGUAGAUGGCAACUCCUCACUCUCCUACGUCCACAUCUUCAUCCCGCUCUGGCUGUCUCUCCUCACGCUCAUGAUCAGCACCAUUGGCCAGAAAGGAGGGAAUCACUGGUGGUUCGGAAUCCGUAAGGAUUUCUGCCAGUUCUUGCUGGAGCUGCUGCCUCCGCUGCGCGAGUACGGGAACAUCGCGUACGAGAGCGAGCGCGACACGAGCGAUGGAGGAGGCUCGCUUGCCGACGACCCGGAGGACCCGCCGCUGUACGAGACGCACAAGAUCCCGCCCAUCUUCAGCAAGAAGAUGGGGGGAGUGGUGACCCAGAGCCCCGGCAAGUACCUGGCACCCCCACCCAAGCUGUGCAUCGAUCUGCCUGACUGAUCGAGUGGCGCGUCCAGCAGCAGGGACGUACGUAACGCAGUUGUGUCAUCGCCAGCCCCAGUAAGACACGGACUAAAUGUGUUUGUGGCCCUGCCAAAACUGAUUCGCAACUGCGUUGGAGCUUUUGUUUCGUUGGUUUUUAUGAAAUGUUUAAGGUAGACUGUCAUUUUACAUGGUGAGCAAGAUUAACUUGUGGUCUGUUCCUUAAAAGGGAUCUUAGGUUAAGCCUGUUAAGAGGUCAACAUGUGAAUAUAUGUUUUGUUAAAAUCUUAGUCGCUGCGAUUUGGAAGUGCGUUCUCAACCAAAAGAGAAGUGUGCUGGGGCCAGAGUAGAGAUCUUCAGGUGUAGUUUUGUUAUUAAAUCGACUGAGAUUGCACAUAAGUCGGUAAGCCUAUAAAUCAGUGUUCUGCCCCCAUGUACAUAAUGGCCAACUAAAAGGAACGUGCAACUGGCAUUUGCCAAAAGCAAACACUGAGAUGUUUGUGCCACCGUUUUUUUUUGUUGUAACAAAUUUGAAGGUCUACACUUAGUUACAGUACCAGCCAUUGGUGCUUUUAAAUUACCAAUCCAACGUUUGCGUGUAUAACGCUGCAGCCAAUAUUAUGUUGAACCGCGCACUUUACAUUGUAUAAACUCGGUUUGCAAAAUGGACAUCACCUCCCCACUCGCCCAGUUCUACGGCCCCUGGUUAAGAGGUUGACAAUAGACGGACGUGGAGCUUACCAGUGCGACCUAAACAACGUGCAUUCUUUAAAGAAGGUUCAUGUUACCAUGCCUUCUCUGAACGUGGAGCCAACGUUCAAUAACACUCGUUAGCGUGCUUAAAGUUUUCAACCUCUGAAUGUUGAGUAAAAUUAAAUCGCCAAUUGCUCUGUUUUUUCACGGGUUUAAAGCGUUUCUUGGCAUAAGCAUGAGUAAAUAUGUACAGUAGUUACCAAACAUCAAUUUACUCAAGGUAUAUUAUUUGUAUAAACAUUGUAAAGUAAAUUCUAUCAACCCACCCAAUAGUGACCCAUUCUGGUGCAGAUCAAGUAAUGGGCAAAUCUAAGAAUUAAAAACUAACCCCACCAUGGCAUAAGCGCCACGUGGUGUUGCAAGGCAGGGUGGCACACACUUUUGAAUUAUUUAGAUUGUGUACAAAACGUAUGUAUUCUGGAAAUUGUAAAUGUUAUUUAUUGUGCAUUUAACGUUGCUUUGAUACAGCCUUAUUUUUUCCAAUGUAAUUUUUUUAAAGUGUGUAACCUGAUUUUUUUUAAUGUUAAAGUUCACUGCUUUGUUUUGUAGUUGACAGUAAAAAGGCCUAAUUUUAAGUGGAAUUUUGAACAGUUAAUGUUAUACUUCAGAAUUCCACUGUAUUGUAAAUAUUGUUCUGUAACAGCCAUUUUCAAGACUAAUAUUUGAUCAUUUUGGUAAAUGCUGAACAAAAAACUCCCAUUACAUUUAAUAAUAAGUAAUUAACACGUGGUAUGUGAAUAUAUGGGACAUGGUGCAGAAUCAAAAUAAUGCAACGGCCAACUUGUAUGUUAAAUUCCUCUCGGCGUGGGUAGUAAAAGCAGAAAAAGAUACAGCAGAGGUUGUUGGUCUCUUAAAGCUUCCUGUAACCAUUGAAACUCGGCCAGAGGUCACUUGAGUUAUUGUUUUUCUCCAACAGCACCUUUUGAUUUGAAUAUUACAUCCAAAAUUACUCCAGCUACCAUACUGGAGACUCUGCAUGCAUUCAUGUUGGCCCUAACGUUGCACUAAUUCGUGCGAGAUACUUAUUGCUAAUGAGGUGCAAAAUAAGCAACUUUAAAUUAAAUCCAUGACACAUCCAUAAUUUGAAUGUUUAAUGCGAAUAAACUACAAAUUUUGUUUAAUAUGCAUACAGUGUAAACCAGUUAAGCUUACAAAUGUUGCAUAUAAAUGUCGGUGUUUUAAAUUUUUGUUUGCAAUGUGUGGUUGUACCUCAAGAUGCCAAAUAAAUUAGCGUGUCCCCCCCCCUCAAA